AGCGUUGUUGUUGAGAAGACCUGUACUAUUUGUGGUUUAAGCGAAGAGGAUCACACUAACUUGUGUGAUAAAUUUAAAGCUUCUGAAGAAAACCCUGACAUUUGUACAAAGUGUGGCUUGAUAGCAACUUAUCACAACGUUUGCGAAUUUUAUACUUGCGCUCCUCUGCCUUCCACUUUUAACUCACGUGACUCCGCGGCCUUCUGUGAUAACUGCGGCCAAUUACCGCAAAAGCACUUCCUUUGUAGCUUUUUUAUUGCUGCUGAUGGAGGAGAGUACUGCAAUAUUUGUGGGCAUCCUCAAGGAGCUCAUCGAGUUUGUUCACGCUUCUGUCCCGGAGAAAAAGGUUCCUGCAAAUUUUGCGGUCUAUCCGCGGAAUAUCACACGUGGGACACCUUUUUAAAGACGAACCUUGUGCAUCUUCCAUACGCCCAUGCGUCUCCGUUCCCCGUAAGGACCAAUUGCCAUGCGUGUUUUUUUGUAGACGGAAAAAACGCCUUUAGUGCCGUCGCUGAUGCCCUCAUGGCCGCCUCUUUUGAGAUCCUUAUUGCUGAUUGGAUGCUUUCUCCGGAAAUUUAUUUACGUAGAGGCCCCAACGCCUCAGUCCAUGACCGUUUGGAUAAUAUUCUUCAAGAACGGGCGCACGCUGGAGUUCGUAUUUAUAUUCUCGCAUGGAACGAAACUAAAUUCGGUUUAUUUUUAAAGGCUACUUAUUCAUCUUUUGAUUGGUUAAAUUUUUCGCAAGCUUUCAAGUUUUCUAAUGAACACGCUAAACUUACGCUUGAAAAUUUGCAUGAAAAUAUAAAAGUGAUAGCCCAUCCUGCUGCUGUGCCUUUUGAAUGGUCGCACCACGAUAAACUGAUUUGCAUUGAUCGCACCGUUGCAUUUAUUGGCGGCCUGGAUCUCGCCUUUGGGCGAUAUGACACGUGCAAGCAUCCGCUUGUGGACGAUUGCCACCUGAAACUGGUGUGGCCCGGAAAGGACUACUAUAACCCCACUAUCAAAGAAAUUUGUAGGAUUUUUAUGAAACCGCGUGCUUACCACAAAUCACGUAAAGUGGAUAAACCUUUUGAAGAUUUAUUAGAGCGAACCACGCAGCCUCGCAUGCCCUGGCACGACGUUUAUUGUUCUCUGUGGGGCUCUGAAAUUGCUACUGACUUUUUUCUUCACUUUGCGCAGCGCUGGAACCAUCAUGCACGCGAGCUUCAUAUAGACGAGUAUUAUCCUGUACUUUGUCCUGACGGACUGGGCUCUAUAAACUCUGUAUUAACUGAAAACCAGCUCUCCUUAUCUUCAUUGCCCAUUAAGAAGUUUAUACAAACUCUUUCACACAAACCUUUAAACUGCGAAGCUCAAUUUCUACGCUCCAUAAGUUCCUGGUCUGGCGGACAAAGCACGGAGUGUUCUAUAUUAACGGCGAUGCUGCGGACUAUAGAGGAUGCUGAGCAUUAUAUAUAUAUAGAAAAUCAAUACUUUAUUUCUUCUACGCUGAAGUCUAGAAGUUCCGAUGAACCCAGGAACUUUAUUGCCGGAGCCAUAUGCGCUCGAGUCCGACGCGCUAUUAAAGAAAAUAAACUCUUUCAAGUUUUUAUAACUCUUCCUAUUUCUCCUGAGGGAAACUUCCGUGAUGAUGCUAUUUUGCGCUACAUAAUGCUACUUCAGUAUGAAACAAUUUAUCUUUCGAAAACUUCUUUAUUCCAAACCUUGAAAAGAGAAUUUCCGAGCAUUGACCUUCAGCAAUAUAUAAAGUUAUUUUCUUUAAGAACGUGGGGGCUAUUAGGGAAAAAAAUUGUUACCGAAAUGAUCUACGUGCACUCCAAACUGCUGAUCGUCGACGAUAAGGUAACCAUUAUUGGCUCGCCAAACAUCAACGACCGUUCGCUAUUGGGAGACGGCGAUUCAGAGGUCGCUAUAAUUAUAAGAGAUCAGGAUUAUGUUACUUCCAAGAUGAGCGGAGUUCAGUAUUCUGCUGGAAGAUUCUCCCACACGCUCCGCUGUAAAUUGUGGGCUGAACAUUUGGGACUGUCUUCUUUUGAAGGCGUUAAGGAUCCGCUUGCAAAGGAAACACUUUUCCUGCUCACCAGCACCGCCGCUAAUAAUACGCUCAUUUACGAAAGUUUAUUUCCGGACGUAAACUCCAAUAAUAUUCUCACAAUGCACGACUUGCUCGCAAAAAUGGCCUCAUUAGGAAGAAAUUAUAAGUCUUAUAUAUGCGAGUGUAAUUGCACGAACGAGGCUCUUUCCUUAUUAAAAAAAUAA